AGGGACGUCAAUCAAUUCAUAAAAAAAAAUUAAUAUCACUUUUCUAUCAAAAACUAACAAUGUAGGUCAUUUUUAAGUGAAAAAAAAAUUAAUAAAACUAAAAAAAAUGGCCCGGCCUUCGUAAUAAUCUAAAGACGUGACUUUAGAUCUACGAAAAGCAAAAUUUUCUAGUGAAAAUGGCAAGUUGUUGCACAUGUGCCGGCGGUGCAGCCGGCGCGCCGAGCUCUAGCUUGCCCCUGAUCUGUCUCGUGCCCCGCGAUGGGGGCGCCCCCGGCAAGUCGGGCCCGGGGCAACCGCGGCCCGCCUCGGCGUCCGCUGCUUCCUCAGGCGGGAGUAGUGGCGGCUUUCAGUUCCUCGACGAGGAUUACAUCAAGAAGAACUUUAAAUUGGGACCCAGGCCGCAGUACUUGGACCCCUUCAGACGUCCCCUGAUCACGUUUCCCAUGACUCAAGAGGAUUCGCAAAACUUCAACCUGGCCAGGAAGUACAAGAUUAACCAGCAAAUUCUGGACGGCGCUCUUGAUCCUAGCGAAGCCAUAUCGGCGCCGAGCAUCUUCCCGUACGCCAAAUCGGAGUCGGAGAAGAAAAAGGAAGCUGAUGAAAAUGAGGAAAUAAUCUACAUUCUCCAGUUGCCCGACUGGGAGUUCCAGUGUCCGGUCCACAACCAAACUAUUAGAACACCGAGAUUUAUCUGGCACUCGUGUAAGAAAACUACAGACGAACAAAAGGGCGGAGGACCCAAGAAAGGAGGAGGACCGAUGAACAAGCCAAAACCGUGGUUACUGAGUAGACACACCGAUUUUGAUUUACUGUCGCAGUGGUAGAAUACCGUUUAUUUUUUAUUUUAAAUCAGCUGUCAUUCCAAUUUCAAAUGACUCUAAACUUCGCACGUUGGUAACAAUAUUAUUAGCUAUUUUUCUUUUAUAUCCGGCUGGAAAUCCACGAAGUUGGAAUUUAAAUGAUAGAAUCAAUAUCAUGAAACGUUUCGAGAGAAAAUCUUUCGUAAAUCUGGACAAAUUCCCGACGAGUUAUAGGGAAAUACAUGCAAUAAUAAAAACAGUUUUUCCUGUGUUUGUUUCCCCACGUCCGAUUCGCUGGAAUCCCAUUAUUGACGUCGCAUUAAAUUUUAAAGUGAUAACGAACAAGCGUACAUUGUAAUGUUGCUUUUAUUGAUUAAAAA